UUUAUUUGAAAAUUGAGUUUCCUUCCACUGCGUUAUUUGGAUUCACCACCACUUGACCACAAAAUUGUACGAAAAAAAGGAAAAUAUAUAUAUUACUUGGAAAAUUUGAAUUCAAAAAGCUAAGUGUGACACCAAAGGAAUACUUUCAUUGUAAAUUCCUUCAAAUUUCGUCUAUCAAUAAAGUCUUGAAGUUCUGGAAAACUGAAAAAGCAUGUCUGAGGAAACAUGGAUUGAAGAUUAUUCCGAUAAAGAACUUCAGUUCAUUGAAAAAAUCCAAAAGGUUGAAAUUGAAGAAGCAGAAGCUCUUCUACAGAAGUACCCUUUACCGACCCUUCAGAAGAACGGAAUUGCUUUAAUUAAUCUUGCUUUGAGUUCUAUUCGGACGGGUUUUGGAGGGAAAACGAUAAUUGAAUUAGAGAGAGACCCAGCAUUUAGUAAUUCAGAUAUUUUACCAGCGAAUUCGUUUUCCCCAGGAGAUGUAGUAAGAUUGAACCAGGGAGGAGGGAAGUCUGAUACUCGAGCAUCAAAAUCCGUUGAUAAAAGCAAACGAACUGACUCUUCUUCGGAAGGCGUUAUCACAAGAGUUCAAGAAAAAAGUAUCUCAGUUGCUCUCAAUUCGGAAGAAGACGUUCCUUCUUUAGCUGAAGGCUUGUCAAUAGUAAAGUUGGCUAAUCGUACAACCUAUGAGAGAAUGAAAGAUACUAUGAUUGAAUGGAAGAAGAAUUUGCCCGAAUACCGGAUGCCCUUGUUUUAUACAUUGACAGGAAAGAGGAAGGCUGAUACCUUUCUUGACGAAGAUAUGAUUAGCGAGUUGAAAUUUUUUAAUAAUGGACUAAACGACAGUCAAAAAGAAGCGGUUCGUUUCUCUUUGGGCGUCCGAGAGUUAGCUCUUAUACAUGGACCACCUGGAACCGGUAAGACUCAUACAUUGAUAGAAGUUAUCCGUCAGCUCGUGAACAAAGGUAAAAGAGUCUUGGUUUGCGGUGCUUCUAAUCUUUCUGUUGACAAUAUCGUGGAUCGCAUUAGUAUAUAUGGAAUACCGAUGGUGCGGCUAGGGCAUCCUGCACGUCUUCUGCCUAGUGUCUUGAAUCAUUCGCUGGAUUUUUUAUCUAGAAGUGGGAAUUUUGGAGAAGUUAUAAAUGGUAUUAGCGAAGAUAUAGAAGCUGAACUUAACAAAAUCAGAAAAACUAAGAGUGGAAAAGAAAAAAGGGAAAUUUUUAAACAUGUGAGAGAACUUCGAAAAGAUUAUAGGCGUUACGAAUCUCAAAACGUUUCAGAGUGUUUGAAGGCAAGUGAUAUUGUCUUUUGCACGUUACAUGGAGCCGGAUCCCGACAACUAAGAAAUGAAAAAUUUGAUGUAGUAAUUAUUGAUGAAGCCUCACAGGCUUUAGAACCGCAGUGUUGGAUUGCACUUUUAGGUGCCAAAAAGGCGAUUUUAGCAGGAGACCAUAUGCAACUUUCGCCGAAUUUGCAAAUAAAGCAACCUUAUUGCUCUAUGUUUGAGAGAUUACUGAAAAUCCAAGGAGACAAAGUUAAAUGCUUUUUGAAUGUCCAGUAUCGAAUGCACGAGCUCAUCAAUAAGUUUCCUUCUAAUACAUUUUAUGAUGGAAAACUUACUUCAGCGCCUUCCGUAGCGAAGCGUUUGCUAAUGCAUCUACCAUAUGUUGAAGAAACUGAGUUGACGGAUGCACCCAUAUACUUUUAUGACACCGAUGGAAAUUAUCAUGAAGACGAUGAUAAAGACAUGGGUUCUGCUCUAUACCAAGAUAGUAAAAGUAAUAAAUGGGAAGCUCAAAUAGUCUGCCAUCAUGUUUUAGAGCUAAUGAAUGCUGGACUUAAAGAAGAGGAUAUGGCCAUUGUAACACCAUACAAUGCUCAAGUUGCUUUAAUCCGGAGUAUGUUGAAGCUACGAGGCAUAGAGGUUGAAAUGGGAAGUGUGGAUCGAGUGCAAGGGCGAGAAAAGGAAGCCAUUAUUUUUUCGCUGGUCAGAAGUAAUGAUGUCCGCGAGGUCGGCUUCCUAUCAGAGAAAAAACGUUUAAAUGUCGCAAUUACGCGGCCAAAACGACAUUUAUGCGUGGUUGGAGACGGAAAUACUGUGAAGUGGGCGAGCGAGUUAUUUCAAAGAUGGAUGAAUUUCCUCGAAGAAGAAGCGGUUGUAAUGGGAGUAGAACCAUCAAUAUUUGAAUAAGCAAUAUGUUAAGUAGCUUGUUAAUAUUAUGACUACUUCUGUAGCCUUCAAAUUUAGAACCAUACCAUUGUUAACAGUUGCUUAUCCAUACCUUAUAAGUCUUGUACUUUUAGAGAAACUAUAACAAGGAAUGAAAUUGCUAGAUGUUAUUUAGAUCUCAAAAGGUACUGAAUUCCAUCAUGUUUACGUUUUGAUACUAAAGUGAAGUGUUACAAAAAAACUAAGUAUCUAAUUUAAAUAAUUAUAUAAAAAAAUAAAUAAAUAAUGGAUGGGGAACCUAAUCAAGUGUAAGUAAUGACUAAGCUUAUGGAGAAGAAAUGCCAUGCGUUUUGGUUAACUAAGCAAUUCCCAUCAUCAGUUUCCGUACUACUGGAUUGUAAACUUCUAUCGUGCAGACUUUCA